AUGGCUCCGCCUGCUGUCAACGGCGUCAAUGGCGCCAAUGGCACCAAAUCCUCCUGGCAAGCCCGCCACGAUCUCUCGACCAGCAAUCCCCAUUUCAUUGGCGGCAAUCGCCUCGAGAAAGCCCGUCCGAGCAAGGUCAAGGAUUUCGUUCAAAAUUCAGACGGUCAUUCCGUCAUCACGUCCGUUCUAAUUGCCAAUAACGGUAUUGCGGCCGUCAAAGAGAUUCGCUCCGUGCGAAAAUGGGCCUACGAGACGUUCGGCGACGAGAGGGCUAUCCAGUUCACUGUGAUGGCCACUCCGGAAGAUUUGGCUGCGAACGCCGAUUACAUCAGAAUGGCCGAUCAAUAUGUUGAGGUCCCUGGUGGCACAAACAACAACAACUACGCCAAUGUCGAGUUAAUCGUCGAUAUUGCUGAGCGUAUGGACGUACACGCCGUAUGGGCUGGCUGGGGUCACGCCUCCGAGAACCCCAAACUCCCCGAGUCCCUCGCUGCAUCUCCCAAAAAGAUCAUCUUCAUUGGUCCUCCCGGCUCUGCGAUGCGUUCGCUGGGUGACAAGAUUUCCUCCACAAUCGUUGCGCAGCAUGCGCGCGUACCCUGUAUUCCAUGGUCUGGCGAAGGCGUGGAUGCGGUCGAGGUUGACAAGGAGGGAAUUGUGACUGUCUCCGAGGAGACAUACGAACAGGGCUGCGUCCACUCGCCAGAGGAGGGUCUUGAGGCCGCAAGGAAAAUCGGCUUUCCUGUCAUGGUCAAGGCUUCUGAAGGUGGUGGCGGCAAGGGUAUCCGAAAAGUCGAAGACGAGACGGAUUUCAUCUCCCUCUAUAAUGCGGCUGCGAGCGAAAUUCCAGGUUCGCCAAUCUUCAUCAUGAAGCUUGCCGGCAACGCCAGACAUUUGGAGGUGCAGCUGCUUGCUGAUCAAUACGGCAACAACAUCUCGCUCUUCGGCAGAGACUGCUCCGUCCAACGGAGACAUCAAAAGAUCAUCGAAGAGGCGCCCGUCACGAUCGCAAAGCCAGAGACUUUCCGUGAGAUGGAAGCUGCUGCUGUCCGUCUUGGUCAGUUGGUCGGUUACGUUUCGGCUGGUACAGUCGAAUACCUCUACUCGCAUUCCGACGACAAAUUCUACUUCCUCGAGUUGAACCCCCGUCUUCAGGUCGAGCAUCCUACUACCGAGAUGGUGAGCGGUGUCAACCUGCCAGCUGCGCAACUCCAAGUCGCUAUGGGUAUCCCUCUUCACCGCAUCCGUGACAUUCGCUUGUUGUACGGCGUGGACCCCCAUACGACCACCGAAGUCGACUUCCACUUCGAAAAGGAGGAGAGCUUCAAGACACAGAGACGCCCUCAGCCCAAGGGCCACACCACCGCUUGCCGUAUCACAUCUGAAGAUCCCGGUGAGGGCUUCAAGCCAUCCAGCGGUACUAUGCACGACCUGAAUUUCAGGUCGAGCUCUAAUGUCUGGGGUUAUUUCUCCGUGUCUUCAGCUUCCAGCAUUCACAGCUUCUCCGACUCCCAGUUUGGUCACAUUUUCGCCUACGGAGAAAACCGUGCUGCUUCCCGCAAGCACAUGGUCGUGGCGCUGAAGGAGCUGAACAUCAGAGGUGACUUCAGAACGACGGUCGAGUACCUUAUCAAGCUGCUCGAAACUCCUGCUUUCGAAGACAACACCAUUACUACCGCGUGGCUGGACCAGCUGAUCACCAACAAGCUUACUGCUGAGCGUCCAGAUCCGAUGCUGGCUGUCUUGGCAGGUGCUGUAACCAAAGCGCACCUUGCCAGCGAGGCCUGCAUCGCCGAAUACCGUAAAGGUCUGGAGAAGGGCCAGGUUCCGUCCAAAGAUGUGCUCAAGACCGUCUUCCCUGUCGACUUUAUCUACGAGGGACAUCGCUACAAAUUCACCGCAACUCGGUCCAGCCUUGACAGCUACCAUAUGUUUAUCAACGGCUCGAAAUGCUCGGUUGGCGUUCGCGCUCUCGCCGACGGUGGUCUUCUGAUGCUUUUGGCCGGGCGAUCUCAUUCCGUGUACUGGAAGGAGGAAGCCACUGCCAUCCGAAUCAGCGUGGAUAGCAAGACCUGCCUGCUUGAGCAAGAGAAUGACCCAACCCAGCUUCGCACACCUUCUCCCGGCAAGCUCGUUAAAUUCACGGUCGAGAAUGGUGAUCACGUCAAGGCUGGUCAACCAUUCGCAGAAGUCGAGGUCAUGAAAAUGUACAUGCCUUUGAUUGCUCAAGAAGAUGGUAUUGUCCAGUUCAUCAAGCAGCCAGGAGCCACUCUCGAGGCUGGCGACAUUCUUGGCAUCCUUGCUCUGGACGACCCAAGCCGUGUCAAGACUGCUCAGAACUUCAGUGGUCAGCUCCCAGAUCUCGGACCGCCCCAGAUUGUGGGCAACAAGCCUCCUCAGCGCUUCGCACUUCUGCAGAGUGUGCUCCAGAACAUUCUAUUGGGCUUCGACAAUCAGGUACUGAUGGCCUCGACUCUUAAGGAGCUCGUCAAGGUCCUGCGUGAUCCUGAGCUACCUUACGGUGAGUGGCAGGCUCAAUCGUCUGCGCUCCACUCCCGUACUCCACAGAAGCUGGAUGCACUUAUUGGGCAAAUCGUCGACCGGGCACACUCGCGCAAGGCCGAAUUCCCCGCCAAGCAGUUGCUCAAGACGAUUAACAAGUUCUGCGACGACAACAUGUCUCGAGCCGACGCUACCGCUCUGAAGUCCACUAUCGAGCCCUUGCUCACGAUCUGCCAAAAGUACGGCGAUGGCCUCAAAGCGCAUGAGUACUCGGUCUUUACCGGCCUUCUAGACCAGUACUGGCAGGUUGAGAAGCUUUUCUCCUCUGGCAGUCUCCGAGACGAGGAUGUUAUUCUCAAGCUCCGUGAGGAGCAUAAAGAUGACCCCCUUGCCGUUGUCCACACUGUCCUGUCUCAUACCAGAGUCCAGGCGAAGAACAACCUGAUCAUUGCCAUUCUCGACCUCUACCGACCCAACCAGCCGGGAGUCGGCAAUGUCGGCAAGUACUUCAAGCCAUCUCUAAAGAGACUGACUGAGCUGGAGUCCCGCGCUACUGCCAGAGUCACCAUCAAGGCUCGUGAGGCUUUGAUCCAGGCCGCUCUGCCCUCUCUCGAAGAGCGCGCUUCGCAGAUGGAGCACAUUCUGAAAUCUUCUGUCGUCGAUUCAAAGUAUGGCGAGACUGGUUGGGAGCAUCGUGAUCCUGACCUGGAUGUGCUCAAAGAAGUCGUUGAUUCACCCUACACCGUCUUCGACGUUCUGCCGUUGUUCUUCGGUCACUCGGAACCUUGGGUUGCCUUGGCCGCUCUCGAGACCUAUAUCCGCCGUGCGUACCGCGCGUACACGGUCAAGGAGGUCACUCAUCAUAACGAGGGUGAGACGCCUUAUUUCUUCUCGUGGGACUUCGUUCUGCGGAAGGUUGGCCAGUCCGAAUUCGGUCUGCCACUGGCAUCGUCCUAUCCCUCUGCGCCUUCGACCCCUUCGCAACGGGAUGAUCCAUUCAAGCGUAUCACUUCCGUGAGCGAUCUGUCCUAUCUCAACAAGAUGCAUGGCGAUGAGGAGCCUACUCGGAAAGGUGUUAUUGUACCUUGUCUGUACAUUGAUGAGGCUGAUGAGGCCAUUGGCCGUGCUGUCGAGGUCUUCCCGAAGACCGGGAAACGCAAGUCAAGUCAAAACGGCCUCAUGCCGUCGCUGGAGGGUGCUCGCAAGCCCCAGAAGCCCGAGAACGAGGACGACCUUACCGGUGUUCUCAAUGUUGCCAUCAGGGACAUCGAAGGUAUGGGAGAUGAUGAGGUCUUGGCCAAAUGCCAAGAGCUGAUCCAGGACAACCGGUCUGACUUCCUUGCCCGUAACAUUCGCCGCAUCACCUUCAUCUGCGGACAUGGAGACGGUACCUACCCUGGCUACUUUACCUUCCGCGGCCCUACCUACGAAGAGGAUGAGACAAUCCGUCACAACGAGCCUGCCCUUGCCUUCCAGCUCGAGCUUGGACGUCUGUCUAAGUUCAAGAUCAAGCCCGUCUUCACAGAGAACCGCAACAUCCAUGUGUACGAGGCCACAGGCAAGACGAAUGGUGAGAGCGACCGCGCUGUUGACAAACGAUACUUUACUCGCGCCGUUGUGCGCCCAGGCCGCUUGAAGGAUGAGGUUCCGACGGCCGAUCACCUCAUCUCCGAGACCGAUCGUCUGGUGAACGACAUCUGCGACGCUCUUGAGAUUGUCGGCAACAACAACUCGGAUCUCAACCACAUCUUCAUCAACUUCACUCCAGUCUUCCCACUGGUGCCGCGAGAUGUCGAAGAGGCUCUCGCCGGCUUCUUGGAACGCUUCGGCCGCAGACUCUGGCGUCUGCGCGUCACUCAAGCCGAAAUCCGUAUCUUGUGCACUGAUCCUGAUUCCAGCCUGCCAUAUCCGCUGCGUGUUAUCAUCACCAAUACCUCGGGUUAUGUCGUGGACGUUGAGACGUACGUCGAGAAGAAGUCACGUAGCGGUGAAUGGGUCUUCGAAAGCAUCGGUGGCACUAAGAAGGUUGGAUCCAUGCACCUCCUUCCUGUGUCUACUCCCUAUUCAACAAAAGAAUGGCUCCAACCCAAGCGUUACAAGGCUCAUCUCAUGGGCACGCAAUAUGUCUACGACUUCCCCGAGCUCUUCCGUCAAGCCAUUGCCAACAGCUGGGCCAAGGCUAUUGCCGCAACCCCAUCGCUGGCCGAGUCUCGUCCAGAGGUUGGCCAGUGCAUCGAAUAUCAGGAGCUCGUCCUUGACAGCGACAGUGAUGGACUCAUCGAGGUUGCUCGUGCUCCGGGCAUGAACAGCUGCGGUAUGGUCGGCUGGAUCAUCACAGCCAAAACUCCUGAAUAUCCUCGUGGCCGCCGCAUCAUCAUCGUUGCCAACGACAUCACCUAUCAGAUUGGUAGUUUCGGUCCUCAAGAAGACCGAUUCUUCAACAAGUGCACUGAGCUUGCUCGCAAGCUCGGCAUCCCGCGCAUCUAUCUGUCCGCCAACUCGGGUGCUCGCAUCGGCAUGGCUGACGAGCUCAUUCCCCACUUCUCUGUUGCCUGGAACAGCCCUGAUAACCAGGCCUCUGGGUUCAAAUACCUCUAUCUCACCCCUGAGAAGAGAGAGUCUAUCAGCUCCAAGGAUGUCAUCACUGAGGAAAUCACUGAUGAGGGCGAGACCCGCCAUCGUAUCACUACUGUUGUGGGUGCCAAGGAUGGUCUCGGCGUCGAAUGUCUGCGCGGCUCUGGAUUGAUCGCUGGUGCCACCUCGAGAGCCUACGAGGAUAUCUUCACACUGACUUUGGUCACCUGCCGAUCCGUCGGUAUCGGUGCUUACCUCGUCCGCCUUGGCCAGCGUGCCAUUCAGAUUGAAGGUCAACCCAUCAUUCUGACUGGUGCUCCAGCUAUCAACAAGCUUCUGGGCCGUGAAGUCUACACUUCCAACUUGCAGCUCGGUGGCACUCAAAUUAUGUACAAGAACGGUGUGUCUCACAUGACUGCCAGCGAUGACUUCCAGGGUGUCGAGAAGAUUGUCGACUGGCUGUCGUUCAUUCCCGACAAGAAGGGCCAGCCAGUGCCCAUCAGCCCGGCGCAAGACCCUUGGGACCGCGACAUCACCUAUUUCCCUCCGAGUAAGACGUACGACGUUCGUCAUCUAAUCGGCGGGCAGCAGACUGACGAGGGUUUCCUCACUGGUCUGUUCGACAAGGACUCGUUCCAAGAAACCCUAGGUGGCUGGGCCAAGACCGUCGUCGCCGGUCGUGCCCGCCUCGGAGGCAUUCCUAUGGGUGUCAUCGCCGUUGAAACUCGCUCUGUCGAGAACAUCACACCUGCCGAUGCUGCUAAUCCCGAUUCGAUCGAACAGAUCACUCAGGAAGCUGGUGGUGUCUGGUAUCCCAAUUCUGCUUUCAAGACUGCGCAGGCACUCAAGGACUUCAACUUCGGUGAGCAAUUGCCCGUUAUGAUCCUUGCCAACUGGCGUGGUUUCUCGGGCGGUCAGCGCGACAUGUACAACGAGGUUCUCAAGUAUGGUUCGUACAUCGUGGAUGCUCUUGUCAAGUAUGAGCAGCCUGUCUUUGUGUACAUCCCACCGUUCGGUGAGCUGCGCGGUGGUUCAUGGGUCGUCGUCGAUCCUACCAUCAACCCCGAGCAGAUGGAGAUGUACGCCGAUGAGGAGUCGCGCGGUGGUGUUCUCGAGCCGGAGGGUAUCGUUGGCAUCAAGUACCGCAAGGAGAAGCAACUCGAGACGAUGGCUCGUCUUGAUGGCGAGUAUGCCUCGCUUCGCCAACAGUUGGCCGCGAAGAGCAUCAGCUCCGAGCAGCAAGCUGAAAUCAAGACCAAGAUGAACGAGCGUGAGAAGCUCCUUGGUCCUGUCUACCAGCAGAUUGCGCUUCAGUUCGCUGACCUUCACGACCGCGCCGGUCGUAUGGAGGCUAAGGGUACAAUUCGCAUGCCUCUGAAAUGGGCCAAUGCUCGGCGCUUCUUCUACUGGCGCCUACGUCGCAGGUUGUCUGAGGAGGUGCUUCUCAAACGCCUUGUCAGCUCCGCGAAUGCUGGCGUGCCCACGUCAUCGGGCAUGGUGCAACGCACGCAUCACCUUGACAUGCUGCGCACAUGGUCAGGUCUCCUGGACAAGGAGUUCGAGAAAGAUGACAGGAAGGUUGCUGAAUGGUACGAGAGUCACCGCAAGGAUGUCUAUGCCAAGAUCGACGCAGUGAAAUCGGAAGCCAUCAGCAAGAAGGUGGCAGACUUGCUCAUCAGCAACAAGGAAGGUGGCCUUCGGGGAGUGCGAGAGGUGCUCAGCCUUGUACCGACGAGCGAGCGGGAGGGUCUGAUCAAAUACUUGCUUGGAAACUGA